GCAGCAAGACGGGUCCUGAUGCUACCUAAUCCGGGCUCUCGAAAUGUUGAAAGUGUUUCUCUUGCCCAAGAUUUGUAGGUCUACCGCAAGGCUCUGGCGCAAGACGUCGUCUUUCACGACAGGUGAUCAGAGCGGAAGGAGUAGAAGUUUGACGUUUACUGGGAAAGGACAAUGGCUGUGGAGAUUUAUCCAAGAAUCAGACAAGAGCGAUGUGCGUGAUAUUAGCAAUGAGGCUGCAGGAAAAGAUGAUUAUGUAUCUCUACUCAUUGACAAAUGGUUAGGACACAAAAACUUUUAUGCUCUGGGAGCUGAAGUCGACAAGCGCUUAGUACACGUAGUUUGCUACUUUUCUCAGGAUGGCGGGAAAUCUUUGUAUUCCUGUGGGAUCCGCACUCACUCGCUGUUUCAAAGAACGGGAAACGUUACCUCAUCACUAUUACCAGCAACAGAAACACUCAUCAUUCACCAGUAUGAACCCAAUGUGGCAAAGUUAAGACUCUGUAUUGACCCAACUAACGAUCGGUCAGUAAGAGUAGCAACAAGGUUGGGUUACAAACAACUGUAUUGCUAUGAAUGCUCACGUUAUCGGCACCACAAUGCAGUCGAAGCUGAAGACAAGAUAAAUCGACUUUAUAACAGUGUGGAGAAAUAUAUAGUGAAACCUUUAGAACGCGCAUCAGACUUCCAUUUAAUUGGACCAAGUAGAUCUUUAGAGGGACUGGAGAUAGUUGAUAGUAAUCUUUUUCCAGCAAGUGUGUUCUUUAGUCCAGAUUUUGUUUUUACGGCUACACCAUCAAAUUUGGAGAUUAUACAUGAACAGUUGGGAUACCAUAUUGUUGUUGGUGGCAGAGAAGAAUCAGGUCAUUGGACACCUAGAGCUCUUAGCUAUGGUGGCAAAGCUGAGUACACACGUAGUCCUACAUGGUCAAGUACCCUGACAGGAGUCUCGAUAAAUGACACCAUGCCGCUGUUGCUCAAACAUGUUCAGUUGGCACUCGACUGGACUUUAUCUAUUGGAACCACACCUAAAUUACAAAUGAUAUGGUGUUUCAACAGUUUGGAAGUCCAGAAACAAUGCCAUUAUGUUCUUAGUGAUUUGUUGGGUUUUGAGGCUGCUGAACAAUUUGCAGGAGAUGGCGAUUAUAAACAAUUUGGCAUUUUUGAACGUGAUGUAUAGUAUUUGCUCAUUAUUGCUGAGACUUUUCAAUGUCACUACAAGUUCAUGGAUCAUGAAUUUUUGAUGUUUUGCUUUGUGAAUAUGGAUAUUGUGUGCUCUCACAUCAGAUUACAGAGAGCACUUGAAUGUGUGGGUGCUGAUGUAAGGAGCACCAUACACUACAGCGCUCAAGACACAUUUGGUGACAAUUUAGCAGACCAACCUGAUCACGUCUGUUAGGAGAAAGAGACAUAUAGCAAAUCUGCUAAUAGGUGCGUCAGACAUGCGCGGAUGUAUUAGGCAACUGAUUCUACUAUUUCACUGCUAGCCUGCUUUAUAUAUGCCAAUAGGUUGCAUUACUUUUUAUGAAUAACAUUGAAAUGCAGUUGGUUUGUAAUCAAUCCUCUUUUAUUAUAUUAAUUAAAACAAGAGCGCUCGAU